CUAACUACUCUGACAAUGUGUAAAGCCAAUGAGACUGAAGUAACCAAUAUUGUAUUGCUGGGUUUCAAUGAUUUAAACAAGUCUAAAACUCCACUUUUCAUAUUUUUUUUGUUACUCUAUAGUGUGAUACUUUGUGGCAAUGUACUAAUUAUAUGUUUGGUGUCAUGUAAUGAACAUCUCCAGGUCCCCAUGUUCUUCUUUCUGAAACAUUUAGGGUUAGCAGAUAUUCUCCUUACUAGUAACAUUGUUCCCAUGAUGUUACACAUCAUACUCAAUGAUGAAAUGAUUGCAGCUUUAGUUGGGUGCAUAUGCCAGCUUUAUAUUUAUGGUCUUUCUACUGUGCAAUGUUUCCUACUUGCACUAAUGUCCUAUGAUAGAUACCUUGCCAUCUGUUACCCACUUCAUUAUAUUUCAAUCAUGAGCCUUGAUGUCUGUCUCCUGUUUGUUGUGUUGUGUUGGUUAUUAGUGUUUGUUUUAAUAACCAGUGAAAUUGUUUUGGUGUACCGAUUGGAUUUCUGUGGCUUUAACCAAAUUGACCACUUUUUCUGUGAUUUUGGCCCACUUGUAGCACUUUCUACUUCAGACACAUCUGUUUUAACAGUGGUGGAUUUUAUAUAUUCCGUUUUAAUAAUUUCUGUACCAUUUAUUUUCAUCAUUGGGACCUAUGUCUGUAUCUUCAUAACCAUCUUCAAGAUGAAUUCCAAGACUGGAAGAAAGAAGACGUUCUCCACCUGCAGCUCACACCUAACUGUUGUGUGCACAUAUUAUGGGACUCAGAUUAUAGUUUAUAUGGGUCCAGCUGGGGAAAAUUCCACUAACAUGAGAAAGUUUCUCUCUCUUAUGUAUGUUGUUAUUGCUCCAUUUAUGAAUCCCAUCAUUUACAGCUUGAGGAAUAAGGAGAUAAGAGAAACUUUGAGGAAAUAUAUUAAGAUGGUGUAA